AUGUCUCACUUCGGAACGGUUUAUACUUAUCCUAAUAACCCGAGGGUUAUGAAGAUCCAAGCCGCCGGCAACCUCAACUCCCUCUCAAUAACCACCUCCCCCGAUUUCCAAAUGGGCGUCACAAACCGCAGUCCCGAAUACCUCUCCAAAUUCCCCAUGGGCAAAGCCCCCGCAUUCGAAGGCGCGGACGGAACCCUUCUCUUCGAAUCCGACGCAAUCGCCCAAUACGUCGCCGAGAGUGGUCCGGCCAAGGACCAGCUCCUUGGUGUCUCUGCGGCGGAGCGCGCGCACAUCCGCCAGUGGAUUUGCUUCGCCGAGGGGGAUGCUAUGGGGGCUGUGGUGCCGUUUGCGAUCUGGCAAAUGGGGUUGAGGAAGUAUACGGCGGAGGAGUUGGAGGAGCAUUUGGCCAAGGCGGAGAGGGCGUUGGGGGCUGUUGAGGCGCAUUUGAAGACGGGUGGGGGGAGGAAGUGGUUGGCGACGGAGGAGAAGUUGAGUUUGGCGGAUAUUAGUCUGGUGGCGGCGUUGAAUUGGGGGUUUGCGACUGUUUUGGAUGCGGAGUUGAGGGCGAAGUAUCCGAAUGUUGUGGCCUGGUAUGAGAGGACGAUUGAGAGUGAGGGGGUCAAGCAGGCGUUUGGGGAGAAGAAGUUUGUUGAGAAGAGGCCUGCUUUCCAGUGA